GUUCAGCGAGACUUAAAACCAAGAAAACUAGUAACUCUAACAUUUUGAGGAUGUCCUACCAGGAAGAGCAAUCUCCUCAGUCAUCAAGAUCAAGUGCUGAGUCAACUGCCUGCAUGUUCAGUGGAAAGAAAAGGAAGAGGAGCGACAGUAAAAGUGCGCCAAAACAGAGAUAUUUGAAAACAAGCACGAAUUCACAGCUGGAUUUUAACAACUAUGGUUAUAAGGAGAGGCCAAAGACUAAGAAACAGUACUGGACUGAGGAAGAGGAUCAAAAGUUAAGAGUAUUUGUUGAGAAGUUUGGAGCCAAAAGUUGGAAAAAGAUUGCACAGUACUUUGAAAACCGUUCAGAUGUGCAGUGCCUCCACAGAUGGCAGAAAGUCCUCAACCCAGAACUUGUCAAAGGUCCCUGGACCAAACAAGAAGACGACACUGUCAUCUCUCUUGUCAGGAAAUAUGGAGCCAAGAAUUGGUCGUUCAUUGCUUCCAAGUUGAAUGGGAGGAUUGGGAAACAGUGCAGGGAGAGAUGGCACAACCACUUGAACCCUGACAUCAGAAACGGGAAAUGGACUGAAGAAGAGGACAAGAUAAUCCUCGAAGCUCAUUUGAAGCAUGGCAAUAAAUGGGCUGAAAUCUCGAAAAUGCUGCCAGGAAGAACAGAUAAUGCUAUAAAGAAUCACUUCAAUUCAACUCUGAAGAGAAAGCUGAUCAAUAAAUUCAAAAAGAAAGGAACCACUCAGAAGAAAAGAGGAAGGAAAGCCAAAUCUAAAAAAUCAACAGAGAACAAAGAGAAUGAAUGCUGCAACAAGAUAUUGAUAAAGACAUCUUCUCUUGAUCUUCAUCAGAAUGAGAAUUUCGAAGAUUUUAGCAUCAACGCUUUCUGCAACAAAGUAGUUGUAGAUCCAAAUCCACUUUCUGUGAACGGUGAUGACUCCAAUUCAAAGAUUAGGAUUCCUCUAAGAAGUUUGAAUUUAAAUUCAAAUAUUUCUAACGAAUUUGCGCCAACCUUAGAAGAGGUGCCUGAGAUGAAACAGUGAAAAAGCAAUGAAGAUGUUUGAAACCCUCUUCAACUUCACAACCUUUGUGAAGCUCAGAAGGAUACAGAUUCAUUAGACAAGCAAACUUCAGCUAAGGUAGCUAGAAAUUCCUCAAUUAAAUCAGCCUUCGAGCCAGUGGUGGCACCAAAGUUGAAAAUAUCUCCAAGAAAUGGAGUAAAUACCUCCACUUCUUUACUCUCAGACUUGUCAAGAUUUUUGGCUUCUACUAAUCAGACUACUAAUCCUAGCCAACUUAAUUGAAAUGAUUUCCUAAUUCAGGAUGACUUUGCUUCAAAUUUAAAGAUGAUCUUGUCUACCAAGCACACUCAAAACUUCUCCAAGAAUAGUUGAAAAGGAAUUGAUUUACUAGAAGGCGGGCACUCAUUACUAAAACCAUCCGAUUUUAGUCCCGAUUAUUGAAGCUUACUGACAUCUCUAGAGACUUCCCCCAGAACAGAGACUCUUAAGCUAUACCAGAAGUACAAUCUAUACCCUCAGGAAACUCACCUCAGGACCUAAGCUGCUCAUAAAUCUAAGU